UUAUUCUCGUCAAGACCAGUAUGCAGGGGAUCUAGUUUCAGGCAUUUCUUUUUACGCUUGAUACUUUAGGAGGUUAGGCCGGAGCAAGGAGUUUGGGGUAGCCAGGCAAGAGGGGAAGUGAUUGCGCUCAGCUACUGUGCGUGAGUGACAGCCGGGAAGUGCAUCUCUACUCUCUACUGCAUCCUCCCAUUUGCUCCCAAACCUAGAUAAUUCAACCCAACAGACAGGGUGAAAACAUAGUCCAGGAUUUUUACUGGAGGAAACUGAAAUUACGAAAAUGAACGAGACAGAACACAUCCCGCUUGCAGAAUACGAUUUUGAGAGAAAAUUUGAUGAAAAGGGCGCUCUCGAAUGGAUGCAAGAAAACUGGAGCAAGUCCUUUAUGUUCUGUGGACUGUAUGCUGCAAUCAUCUUCGGGGUCCAACACUUCAUGAGAGAGAGGCCCAAGCUGAACCUGCGCCGACCACUUGUCCUCUGGUCACUCAGUUUGGCUAUCUUCAGUAUCAUCGGAGCUGUCAGGACCGGAUGUUACAUGUUCCAUGUCCUCAACAAAAGUGGCUUUAAGCAGUCGGUGUGUGACACCAGCUUCUACAGCGCUCCUGUCAGCAAGUUCUGGGCCUACGCCUUUGUCCUGAGCAAGGCCCCUGAGCUGGGCGACACGGUGUUUAUCGUGCUCCGUAAGCAGCGCCUCAUCUUCCUGCACUGGUACCAUCACAUUACCGUGCUGGUCUACUCCUGGUACUCCUACAAGGACCAGGUGGCCGGUGGUGGCUGGUUCAUGACCAUGAACUACCUGGUCCACUCCUUCAUGUACACCUACUAUGCUGCCCGGGCGGCUGGUUACCGGGUGCCCCGACCCUGCGCCAUGGUCAUCACGGCCACCCAGAUCAUGCAGAUGGUGAUGGGGCUUGCUGUCUUAGGCUUGGUCUACCACUGGAUGCACGAAGUGCGCUGCCCGUCUUACGUGCCCAACAUCGCCUGGGGCUCACUCAUGUACCUCAGCUACCUGCUCCUGUUCGCCUCCUUUUUCUACAAGUCCUACCUCAAGGUUGCCGCUGACAAGGAGUCCAAGGCCAAGUAGGGGCUGGAUUCGUCAGAGGCAAGUUGUACACUGGGCAAGUCAUAUUUAAGAGUGUGCCUAGUUGAGAAGAAUAUUGCGUUGUGCCAUAAUGUGUGAGUCACAACUGGUUUUUGCUGGUUGCUGGGUCCACGUCAAUUGUGGCAAGCCAAUUUCUUCCCACCCCAACUUUGUAUUGCUGUAGCUCAUCUAACUCACUAGAACCCUGGAUAACACGAUAAUGGAACGGUUGUUGAGAGUGGACAGGGGAACCAGUGCAUGAUCAGGACACAUUAAUAUAAUAUCCCAUUAAAUUUAAAAAAGGCGAUAGAGAGUGCAGCUCAGUUUGAAUAAAUGUACUACUCACUGCAUUUUGAUUUCGUGGCUUUGUUAAUCAAUCUUUUUAACCAGCUGCUUCAGUCAGAGUCUAGUGAAAAACACAGCCAUAUGAGUCCUGAGGUUUCUCCAAGGGCAGUUUACAACCGCGUUUGCAGUCUGCACGUUCAAUGAAUUCGACAGUCACUUACAGGACAUUAUUCAUGCCGAAAGGCUCUAACUUGUAGUGAAAUCUGGUGCUUUUUAGACCAGCGCUGAGAAUUGUCUCACUGUAUUAGACCUCACAACCCUAUAGUAUAACGAAGUGACGAUCAAAAGGAACCAAUGCACUGAUUAAUGAGGAUAGUUUUUUUCUGUUUUAGUUGUAGGUAAUUGUCUGGGAAUAGGUGGGAGGAAAGAAGCGCACGGAAAGGUGUGACACUUGGAACAAUGUGUCCAUUGUAAAUAAUAUAUCUUAAGAAUGUAUUUAUUUUCUUAAAAUCUAAAGUCUAUGGUGGUCCUUGGAGUGUACCAGGAAAUUGUGGGACUUCUGCCUGUCUUAAAUUGUGCAGUAUGAGUUGUGCACUUUUGUAUUUGAAAUGUUUUUCUUUACGUCACAACAAUGCACUAUAUUGUUUUUUUAAGUAUUACAUCUCUCUGUGUGUUCAUUAAAGAAUCGGAUGUCCCCUGAGAUUAUUUUUAUUUGUCAAACAGCAGCUGAUCGAUCAUCAUGUCACCAGAAUAAGACCCUCAAUAUUUAUUGGAAAGGAGCAACAAGCUCAUCACCGUGCAUUAUUACCACCCUGUGAAGUUCAUCAUAACUUCCCACUGGGCACAGACCUCAAUUCAAUAUCUGAUCCAUGGUGGUUCAACAUAAUUUCAUUGAAAUGACAUGGAAACAACAUUGAUUCAACCAGGGUGUGCCCUGUGGGUUAUUUAAUUUGUAGCCUAAUAAACUGAAUGCUUUCCCGAGUCAUAGUGGGAGAACCACACACCAUAUCAUGGUGUGAAUUCGAGUUUACUUUGAUAUGACAGUUAUUAUAUCAAUAUUUGUGAAUACCGCCAUUUCUCCCAUAAUACAUUUUACAGACAAAAACAUCCCACCUAGCGUAACAAAUUAGCUGUUUCCAUCAGGCCUGUCGUGACAUUUUCUAUCAGACAUUUACUUUACUCGCAUAAAAAUGUUGGAUGGAAACCUGGUUACUGUAAAGCCCUAGUUAUUUUGUUGCUUUGACAAAGUAAUUUCUGAUGAUGAUGAUUUAUUUCAUGUGAUUAGUGAUUAAUCUAAUCCAGGGAUGGGCAACUGGCGGUCCGCAGCCCCUCUGUUGUAGGCCUGCAGGUCAAUUGACCCCCCCUGGGAUGUGAGUACACAGACCCGCGAGCCACUGCGGCCCCUCAUGAUGUAUUCAAAGUUGCCCUGACCUGAUCUAAUCACAUGAAAUUUAUGUCAACCCUGUUACGUUUAAGGUCAACUCUGUAACGUGAACUGAACUCUCAUUUUAAAAGAGUGAAACUAUAACUAAUUUUUUCAAAAGGAACAUGGAAUAUCUAAUAGUCAAAUCAUAGUGUAAAAGCAGGUGAGCUGGUUCUACUCUUUUUGGCCAUUUCCUGUUGUUUUGUGGUGGGAAACGUAGUGGGUCGAGCAUAACAUGUCAACCCUGUUACCCAUAGAUAGACAGGCUUGAAAUGUUUUAACAAUAAAACAUUUUGGGGGGAAGCUUGCAUUUAAUUUCCCUUACCUGUUUAACACAACAAGCUUCCAUUCCCCCUGUCACAAGGGGAUUAAUGGCUGAUUUAAGAUGAAAUCGUCAACCCUGUUACCGUCAACCAUGUUACUAUAUUUGGCAUUUAAUAGGCAUUUACUAUAGUAAAAAAAAAUUGAGAUGGGAAAAAGUGUUUUUUAUUAAGUUAAACAUUUGUUCUUUGACAUAAUAUUAAAAUGAGGUUAAAUAAAACAUGUUAUAAUACCCAGAAAGGUAGUCAAUUGGUGGAAUGACCCAGAUACUGUAACACAAAGACGCAUAUUCCUUUUUGUUUCCUCCUAUUUUAAAUACGACCACCAGUGUUGAUUGGAUACAUUGUGUAAGUAGAGGCUUAGGUCAAGGCAGUGACAUAGUUUUGUUGUCUAGAAAUCAAGUAGGUACAGAAAGUAGUGUCUUGUAAGCACACCUAACCUCUAGUGAGUAUUAACCCUUGGCAGCUUAUGUGUGUCUUCCUUUAUGUUUGUAAUAGAGCUGCACUGUACUAUCUCCUUCCUACCCAUCCUUCCAAAGCCACACUGGUGUGAGCACAUUUACUGUAAUGUAUGUAUCAGCUGGGAGUAGUUAUGGCUUAAAGUAUACAGACUAUUUUGAUGCUGUGUGUGUGACAUUUGCCUUCAUAAGCACUUCUAGACAUUUUUUUUUUUAAACCUUUCAAUCAUGUUUUAUAACCCCCCCCCCCCCCCCCAGUCUAGCCUGUACAUGGCUGGUAGUCGCCAAAUGUCUUAAGUAGUGCUUAUAAUCUUAUUAUAAUGUUGUGUUUAUGAAGUAGCUACACUGCCCUAAUGUAAUAUCCUUCAUAUUACUCAAAUAUAACACCUGAUGCUGCAGCAGGCACAUUAAUGUAUUACCAUUGUUAUAGAAUAGUACAAUAAGCUUAGCAGUGUUAAGAAGUGUGAAUCAUUUUUAAGACCACACCAGAAGAGUGAAUCUGCAAGAAAUAUUUAUUUCACUUGGCUGGUGUUGUGUCAAUAAUGAUGAUAUUAUGAUCAUGAUGUGACAUUAUACAUGUUGUCCACCCUUUACCUUGAAACCAACGGUUGCAUUUUAGUUGUAAAAUAUCGUAACGAUAAUACGCAGGGAAUAUACUCAGUUUAUAAUACAUUCAUUUGUGUGCCAAAUGAUGCUUCUGCAGUUUUCUACUCUGUUAGGUAAAUGUGAACACAGUUUGUGUUUGUAUAUUAUCUUUGCUGAUGUAGAGUGUAAGAAGACAUGCUUUUAUGCAUCCCUGUGAGUCCGCUAUCUACUACGUUACUGAUAAGAAAGGGAAAAAACUGUCAAGAGCUUUGAUGUUUAAAUGUUUGGAUUUAAAAUGUUGAAACAAUAAAUUCAUAUCUGUUUUAAAA